AUGGCGUUGAUGGCUCGCACAGCUGCUGGGAGGAUACACCGUACACUGGCUCUGGUUACAGGGGACUGCAGUGAGAUCGUCAGAGAAGAAGUGGUUCGGGGCGGCAGGCCUAACAGCAGGUUGAUUGCGCGAGCUCAACAACUGUGGAACGAAUGGGAGGUCCAGUGCCUGGUGCUAGUGAGCUUCUGGCUGCAGACCUUCCUCCUCUUCGCCGCGGGCUUCCGGAAGCACCGCAGAUCGCGCGUGCUCAGCGGGCUGCUGUGGCUUGCCUACCUCUCUGCAGACUCCGUUGCUAUCUACGUCCUGGGCCGGCUCACGCUGCACACCGGCGAUCCACGCCACCAGCUGGUGAUCUUCUGGGCACCAUUCCUGCUGCUACAUCUUGGCGGGCAGGAGACCAUCGCAGCUUUCUCUAUGGAGGACUGCGCGCUGUGGAAGCGGCACCUGCUGAACCUGGCGACCCAGUCGACGCUAGCCAUUUACGUCGUCGGCAAGCAGUGGCGAGGGGACAUGCGUCUUAUGGCCCCCAUGCUGAUCAUGUUCGUCUGCGGGGUGGGCAAGUACGCUGAGAGAGCGUGGGAUCUCAGGAGGGCAGGCUCACGGGCUCCUGGAAGCAGGUCCAUCGCUGGUCAUGUUACCGGUGCCAGGCGGGAAUUCGAACGUGAAGUGUUUUGGUAUUACGACAGGCUGAACCAAAUCCUUUCGGACAAACUCCAGCUCAACUUCGAGCUAGUCAUGGAGGUGGCCACCCGGGGCUUCCAGCUGAGCUUAGAUUUUCUCAUGGACGUGAUACCUGCGAAAUCCCUGCGCCCUGAAACCGACUGGAACGAAGGCCUCGUGGCGAGGAUCAAAUCUUCUGAGAAUCGAGCCGAUCUGGUGUACAGGUUGGCCGAAGUUCAGCUCUCCUUGAUCUAUGACUACUUGUACACCAAGUUUGGAGGCUUCUUGGGCGUGCUGCAUCGGCCAACCACCUUUGUUCUAACCUCUAUAGCUCUGUCCUCAUUCCGCAUUGUUCUGGCUGACCAGAACCAGAAGGGGACACCAACACCAACAAGCAGCUACUAUGGAACUGAUGUUAUCAUAUCAUACAUAUUGCUUGCCGGUGCCUUUGCGCUGGAGAUCUCCUCCAUCCUCAUGUGGUUCACGUCAUCAUACUGGCCAUACAUGACCAUUGCAUCCCUUCAGAAUCGGCGUCGCCACAAAGCUUUCCAGACAAUGUUGCUCAUCAUUGCUAGGCGCCUAGGUCGAGAGAGCAGAGUUGAAUGGUCGGGGAAGUUGCCUCAAUACAACAUGAUCGGUGCAUGCAUCCGGGAGAAGCAAGCUGGCACAUGGGACAAAAUGAUGCUAUGUAUCGGCAUCGAGAGAGACUACACCACACAAGUUGUUGUCUCCCCCGAGGUAAAGAUGGUGCUUCUUGACCGACUGCUUGAGAUAGCCACUUCCACUUCAAGUGCCGCAGAGGACCUGGACUUUGGUACUUUCCGUGGCCAGUGGGCUCGCAAUGGAGUUCAUUGGCCUUGCUUCUCUGGAUGUGAAGAAGCUGCUCAUCCGCCCGGCCGUUCUUCUGAAGACCACCCCCCUUCCUCUGGAAGUGCAGCUCAAGAAGCACUUGGGAAUAGUGCAAUCCAAGAUUUGGAUUUUGUAUCAAGUGCCAUUCUUUGGCACUUUGUUACGGACAUAUGCCUAGAGGCUAGUCCGGCUGAUGACCACCAUGCAAACAGUUGCAGCUCCAGGAUGAGAAGGGCUAGCGAAGAGUUUUCGAAUUACAUCAUGUACCUCGUUGUCAAGUGCAGUAUAAUGCUUGGAAGCGAUGGGCAUUACGGGGUCAAAGUUGCACGACGCGAUGUGACGCUGUUUCUUGGCAUGGUCGUUGACCGGACGGAGUUCAUCCAGAAAGUGCGUGAUGGUGACCUUGCUCUCAACCUUAAGGAAUUCCCUGCACUUCAUCGAGCACACCGUGUCUCCUCAGAGCUGCUUAAGAUAAAAGCACACAACAGGUGGAAACUCAUCGCAUUGGUAUGGGUGGAGAUGCUUUGCUACGUUGCACAUAAUUGUGGGGCUGGAUUCCAUGCCAAGCACCUCAGCACCGGUGGAGAGUUCGUCACCCAUGUGAAGAUGCUGUUGUUUAUCCUAGGCUUUCCUUUGCGUGGGCAUACUAAGGAACAGCUAUUUCCUUCAGAAGAGAUAGAAGAGAGAAAGUUCUUCAAGAGUUCUCAUCCUUGGAGACGGGGAUGA